UAAGAAGGGAGGGGGUGCAUGGAGUUGCAGAAGGCAUAUGUGAGUAGGGCAUUUAUAUGUACAUGGUUUACCAGCAUAGCUGCUGUGGUGCAUCACCAGUUUCCACUAAUGAAAGCCACUCUGAAAUACUUGGCUGGCAUUGCUGGCCCUAGUGGCUAUGGCUCCAAAACCACUGCCAUCCAAAUCUCUCAAGACUGCUCUCUCUCCCACCACCACCAUCAUCAUCCCCUCACUGCAAUUGUCACUGGUGCGACGUCGGGGAUUGGGGCGGAGACGGCGAGGGUGCUGGCGAAGAGCGGCGUUCGGAUAAUAAUUCCAGCGAGGGAUAUGAAGAAGGCAGCAAAGGUUAAAGAAGGAAUAGAGAAGGAGAGUCCAUGGGCUGACAUUAUUGUGUUAGAGAUUGAUCUUAGUUCACUGGCUUCCAUUCAAAGAUUUUGUGCUCACUUCUUGUCUCUAGGGAUGCCCCUUCAUAUCCUCAUAAAUAACGCUGGGAAAUUUUCACAGAAAUUGGAGUUUUCUGAGGACAAAAUUGAGCUCACUUUUGCCACAAAUUACUUAGGUCAUUUUCUAUUGACAGAAAUGUUGUUAGAGAAAAUGGUAGAGACAGCAGCAGAAACAGGCAUAGAGGGAAGGAUUAUAAAUGUGACUUCUGUGGUUCACAACUGGGUUAAAUCUGACCAUUUCCACUUCGGCCAAUUGCUCAAUCCAAAACAGUAUAAUGGUACUCGUGCAUAUGCCCAGUCAAAGUUGGCCAACAUAUUGCAUGCCAAGGAAUUGGCUAGACAACUUAAGGCAAGGAAGGCAAAUGUAACUAUCAAUGCAGUUCAUCCUGGAAUUGUUAAGACUGGAAUUAUCAGGGAUCACAAAGGCUUUCUCACAGAUUCUCUGUAUUUCGUGGCCUCAAAACUUCUCAAGUCAACGUCACAGGGAGCAGCAACGACAUGUUAUGUGGCACUAAGCCCAAAAACAGAAGGGGUGAGUGGGAAAUACUUUGCAGACUGCAAUGAAAGCCACUGUUCAUCUUUGGCAAAUGAUGAAAUGCAAGCCCAUAAGCUUUGGAACCACACCCGUGCUCUUAUCCACAGAAGAUUAUUGCUUCCACCAUCACCCUAGCUACCUCUUCUUUUUCUUAAUGGCAGGGGCAUUUUUGUCCUGUAAAUAAUAAAUACAGUAGAUAUACACCUGUACAUCCGUUGCAAAUGGGGGAGCUCAGCAUUACACAUGUCAAAAAAAAAAAUUUAAUAAAUGAAUGUAUUUUCGAGUGAAUUAUAGAUGGCAACAGUUCCAUUUUGAAGUGAAA